CAAUCACUUGGGGCCAGGCACGAUACAGAGAGAGAUGCAGAGCGAAACAGGGGGGCAGCUUUAAAUACAAGCUUAAUCUGAAUACCUUAACUCUGUUACCCCAAAAAAAUGAAGUUCCUUCUGGAACUAUUUGCCUGCUGUGGCUGUUCUUCACGUUUGCCCCCAGCAGAGGACAUCGGACCUCUUGUUCCUGGCCCAGCCCCGCCUACUAACCGCAAGAACAGACGGCGGAGGAGAGGGAGAGUUGCGCCACCGAGGUGUGGUGGUUCCGUCCCUAAUUGGAGGCCGUCCCUUUCGGCCAUUUCCGAAGACAACGCUCUGCCACCGAGGAAUGUAAAGAGAAAAGUCUCAACUGCUUCUGCACCGGCCACUCAACCCCGUCAUCAUCGCUGCGAUGACACCAGGAGAAUUCCCGUUUCAGCAUUGGCGCCAGUUUUCUCCCCAACUCCUUUCUUAUUUUAAUUUGGACUGCUCAACAUAUCCUUUAAUUUCCUCUGUAACCUCUGGGGCUCUUUUACAUGUAUGCUUAUCGUGUAAAUGUUCUCUCUCUCUUUUCUUGUUAAUUCUUAUCUUUUUCUUGCAUUA